AAACACGGCGUCGUUUACCGUUGUAAAUUUGUCCACUUAAUUUCUCUCCCAGAUGUUGAACAUCUAAACGAAGGAGCAGCUUUGCUUUCAUUGGCACAAGAGAAAGCUGUUGCGCAAUCGGUUAGAGAGACUCAGAGAAAAUGUCGAAGCUUCUGGAAACGUUCAUCGAUCCAAAGAAGAACUUCCUCGCUCGUAUGCAUAUGAAAGCCAUAUCGACUCGCCUUCGAAGAUACGGUCUCAGGUACGAUGAUCUUUACGAUCAAUAUUACAGUAUGGACAUAAAAGAGGCCAUGAACAGAUUGCCCAGGGAGGUCGUUGACGCUCGUAACCAGCGUCUCAAGCGUGCCAUGGACCUCUCCAUGAAGCACGAGUACCUCCCCAAGGAUCUUCAGGAAAAACAGACCCCAUUCCGUGGCUAUCUUCAGGAGAUGCUGGCUCUUGUUGAGAGGGAAAGAAAGGAACGAGAGGCCUUGGGAGCUCUGCCACUCUACCAGCGCACGAUCCCUUAAGCAUCCUUUUUCCAUUUCUUGUGAUCAACGCUGCUUUUCUUCAUAAAUAUUCUCGCCAAAUGGAUUACAUUGGUAUUUUGGUAAUCACUUUCUGAACAGAGCUAUUUACAUUGAUAAGUCUUGUGAUAGUUUCCCUAAAUGGGUAUGUUGCUAUUUACAUUUUGCGCUUCCUGGCUUAAAUAAAAUCGACGAUGCAACUCAA